AUGCAGAAAUACAGGAACGCCAUUUUUUACAUUGCUACCAUCGCCGGCUUUUCAGGAUUGAUCUACUUCAUACUGCACCGGGGGUUAUUGCUUGAAAAUAACAAGGUAGCGCAGUUCAUUCCGCAAAUUGACGCUUCCACCUGGCAGCAGUUCAAAGAAACCUUUCUGCACAAUAUUACGCACCCGCUGUCUAUAUUACUGUUACAGAUCAUUACCAUUAUCUGUGUGGCCCGCAUCCUCGGUUUUCUCUGUAAGAAAAUUGGCCAGCCAUCGGUGAUAGGAGAAAUCAUUGCAGGCAUAUUGCUGGGACCAUCGUUUGCCGCCACGUAUUUUCCGGAAUUCUCCGCCUUUCUUUUCCCGGAGAAGUCGCUGGGCAACCUGCAGUUCCUGAGCCAGAUUGGUCUUAUCCUUUUCAUGUUUGUCAUUGGCAUGGAGCUGGACCUGAAAGUAUUAAGAAACAAAGCCCGUGAAGCCGUGGUGAUAAGCCAUGCCAGUAUCAUCUUUCCCUUUGCGCUGGGUGUUACGCUGGCAUAUUUUAUUUACGCGCAGUUUGCGCCCGUCAAUGUAAAAUUCCUCUCCUUCUCUUUGUUCAUUGGCAUUUCCAUGAGUGUAACUGCCUUUCCGGUACUGGCAAGAAUAGUACAGGAAAGAGGCUUGUCGAAAACCAAACUGGGCACCAUUGCCAUUACCUGCGCAGCGGCAGAUGAUAUUACGGCCUGGUGCCUGCUGGCAGCGGUGAUUGCAGUAGUAAAAGCAGGUUCGGUGCUGAGUGCUUUUUACACCAUUCUUAUGGCCGCUGGCUAUGUUUUCCUGAUGCUGAAAAUAGUACAGCCCUUCCUGAAAAAACUGGGCGAUAAAUAUUCCAAUAAAGAAUCAUUCAGCAAACCGGUGGUAGCCAUUUUCUUUAUUACACUGCUGUUAUCUUCGUACGCUACAGAAGUUAUCGGCAUCCACGCAUUGUUCGGCGCCUUCCUGGCCGGUGUUAUUAUGCCUGCCAAUACCAAUUUCAGGAGCAUUUUUAUUGAAAAAGUGGAAGACCUGGCGCUGGUACUUUUGCUGCCUUUGUUUUUUGUUUUUACGGGAUUAAGAACACAGAUAGGAUUACUGAACGACUGGCAGCUCUGGAAAAUAUGCGGGUUGAUUAUAGCAGUGGCAGUAACCGGCAAGUUCCUGGGCAGCACACUGGCAGCAAGAUUUACCGGGCAGAACUGGCGGGAAAGUUUAUCGAUUGGUGCACUCAUGAACACAAGAGGUUUGAUGGAACUGGUGGUGCUGAAUAUCGGGUACGACCUGGGUGUACUGAGUCCGGAAAUUUUUGCCAUGCUGGUGAUCAUGGCGCUGGUAACCACCUUUAUGACCGGCCCCGCACUGGAUCUUAUUAACCGGUUUUUGCCUGGCCGGAAAAAAAUCCUUAUCCCCGCCAGUGAAGAGCAAUCUGUUAAAUACAAUAUUCUUGUUUCCUUCAGCAGCCCGGAGAAAGGCGUCUCUUUGCUGAAACUGGCCAAUACACUGGUAAGAAAAUCAGUGAGCAAUGCGCAUAUCACCAUGAUGCACCUCUCACCCAGCAAUGAGCUGAACCAGUUUAACCAGGAGGAAUACGAAAGAGAAAGCUUUGCGCCGGUAGAAACCGAAUCAAGGCGUUUACACCUGCCCGUGACCACCAUGUUUAAACCUUCGCUGCAGAUUGACAGCGAAAUAAGCCAGACGGCCAAUGCAGGUCAUUUUGACCUGCUGCUGAUUGGGAUAGGCCGCUCUGUAUUUGAAGGCACGCUGCUGGGAAAAAUACUGGGCUUCACCACUAAAAUCAUCAACCCCGAACGGCUGUACGAAACCAUCACCGGUAAGGAAAAACUGUUUGAUCAUUCACUGUUUGACGACCGUACCAAAAAUAUCAUUAAGAACGCCAGGGUACCGGUAGGUAUAUUUAUUGAUAAAGACAGUACUAAGAUUGAAAACAUAUUUAUCCCGGUGUUUUCUAUCAGCGAUAGUUUUUUACUGAUCUAUGCCCAGAAAUUAAUUCACAAUAACAAUGCGCGGGUGGUAGUGCUGGACAGUACAGGUGUUAUUAAACAAAACCCGGAAAUGAAGGAAGCCAUCCGUUCCAUUGAACAGAUUGCCCCCAAUCAUAUUGCCCUGUACAAUGAAAACAAAAUCAAUAAGGAUUUCCUGGGUGAGCAGGACCUGAUGCUUAUCAGCCUGGACAGCUGGCGGAAAGCGGUGGAAACACAAAGUAUAUGGCUUCCGCAAACACCCUCCACCCUUAUUAUUAAACCAUAA